AUGUUACCCGUGGUGUAUAUCACGCUGAUGGUGCUUGAGGCCCCAGUCUUCGGAAGGUCAGUUAAUGCCGCCCCAAACCUGAUUGCAACGUUGAUGGUAUCCUAUAAAGCAUGGUCCCAUUGGAAACUUGUUCGGGUGUUCUCGAGUCAAAGUGGUACUAGCUAUAGUCUAGCCAUCUUGUUGAUUGUUAUUGAAUCGGGUUUGGCGUAUGCGGGAUUAACAAUAUCAUACGUCAUUGUGCUCGCUUUUAACAACGUAGCAACGAUUUGGCUUACCUAUAUCUUCACCCCACUGAUAGCCAUGUAUCCGGCGUUGGUCAUCGUUCUCGUAGCGACUCGCCGAAACCUGCUUGAGCGCAGCAUUCAGGCGGCCUCUACUCCCAGCAAUAUGCACCGAGAUAUACAACAUCGCCCUUGGGUACACGACAACGCAGAUCGCAAGGCCGCCCAAUGCCCGGCCUGCGGCCAUAUCGGCAGCAACGUACCCUUGCGUGACAGGGUAUCUCGUCCAUUCAGUGUCGACCUUGAGUCAGGUAUAGACCUGCGCGGCACAAUUUCGACCUUAGGGAGCGAAGACGCACAACGAUCUUCCCUACGCGCGCAGAUUCCCUCCUCCUCAAACCCUAGCAAUCAUGUCAAGAAAGAAGGGGAUGCCUGUAUUGUCAAAGCCGUCUAG